AUGUCGGAUGAAUCAGUGCGUUCUUGUAUUUUGGGUCUUUUACGUCUAACAAAACCGCAUAGCGCUCAGCUGAGACGCCGGUGUAACGACCUAUGGUGUUACGAGUUGCUGCGUUUAUCGGGUGCUCGACUCGUGAACAGACUUAAAUACGUGAUCUGGUGGGCCCCUUUACGUGCUCUAGUGGUGGCCUAUAACAGAGGCAUAUUAAGUGGUCAACGAGUGCUGGAUGCUGUGUAUGACGAGUUACAGCGCCGCGGUGUUUUAGAAGCCCCCCGCGUAAGAGGCCUUGUCGAACCGUUGCACGAGGAGGGGGUGGGGGAAGAACCUAGAGCGAGCACCUCGGCAGCCCCGGCCGAGACGAUACCGCAGCAUUUUACCAUAUAUCGGCCGUUUUACGACGCUGUGAGUGACGAAGAAGAAGAGGCUCUCGCUGAGACGACGAGAGCUGCGCAGGAAGCGGAUCUAGAGCAUCAAACCGCCCUCUACCAACCGCAGCAUGAGGAGAGGGCCGAGGAAGAGCCUAGAGCGAGCACCUCGGCAACCUCGGCCGAGCCGGUACCGCUGCAGCCCGAAUUUGAUGACGACGAGGCGUCGACUAUUCUCAACCCCUCCUUGAUGUUUAGCGAUCGGUCUGAUAUACUGGCUGUGUACCGGCACACCAGAGCUAACGAUGACGACGGAGCGAUAGCGGGUCCAUCGUAUCACCACCAUCGUCAGCAGGAAGAUGAUGACCUCGUACAACCCGAGAAUCAGCUGGGGGUGUAUCCGCUGGACGCUCAACAGGCGGAGGAGGAGGAGGAGGGGGAGGAGGAGGAGCGUCUAAACGAGGAGCGAUUAGAAGCUAGACGCUUCGGCCUAUGGUUUCAAGAGCUGAUGGAGUGUGAUUCAGGGUACUCGUCAGCUGACUCGUCAGCUGUCUCGUUAUUGGCGUACCGCGAUUAGUACGAGAUAUACAAACGGGCGGGGGGAGAACGCGCAAUACACAGGGGUGCGAGGCUUUCGGGGAUGUGCAACCCCCGGGAGGGCGGAUCAUCAUUGCGCACGAUACAGCUCGUUAUUUCAAACGUUUUCGACUACGUGGUCGGGAGAUAACACUGCGUAUCCGCCAACCUCAAGCUGGCGCAAACGUGACAGCAUGGCUUGAAGGAGCAUUCCGCGAUCUUCUGACGCAUCUCACGAGUCACUGUGAGGGUGGUGACUACGCGGGGAUCUCGUUCUCCGCGAGCUGCUUAGCGCACGGCCCCGUCUGGCUUUCAUUCCGCCCUGUCCGCGCCUAUACAUUUGUAGAUAUCUGGCAAUUAAUAACAAACAUAGCUCAAAGUGCAGCGUCUCUGGAUAUUAAUGAUUCUUUCCAUAUAAAAGUAUGUAUCGUUAAAGGUUUGGAGGGUAGGGGGCGAAAAGGUUUGACACACG